UGAACAUUAAGCGGAGCAGACCAAAACCCCAAACAAGGAAAUGGUGGGGGAAUAAAAAGACCAGAUUACUUAAUUAAUGCAUGUAAUGAUUUACAAUAAAAUGAAAUAUUAAUUAAGACGUAUUUAUGGAUCGAAAUGGAUUACGACUUCAAAACAAAGCUGGCGGCCGAGAGAGAGAAGGUGGAAGAUCUGUUCGAAUAUGAAGGUUGCAAAGUGGGUCGAGGCACCUACGGGCACGUAUAUAAAGCUAAGCGAAAAGACGGGAAAGAUGAAAAGGAGUACGCACUGAAACAAAUAGAAGGCACCGGAAUAUCGAUGUCUGCCUGUAGGGAAGUCGCUCUUUUACGAGAACUGAAACAUCCGAAUGUGAUCGCCCUGCAGAAAGUGUUCCUGUCCCACAGCGACAGAAAGGUUUGGCUCCUCUUCGACUAUGCCGAGCACGACCUAUGGCACAUCAUCAAGUUCCACCGCGCCUCCAAGGGCAACAAGAAACCCACACAGCUGCCCCGCGGGAUGGUGAAGUCUCUCCUGUAUCAGAUUCUGGAUGGGAUUCAUUACCUCCAUGCCAACUGGGUGCUGCACAGGGAUUUGAAACCGGCUAACAUCCUGGUGAUGGGGGAAGGUCCAGAGCGGGGACGAGUUAAAAUCGCCGACAUGGGUUUUGCCAGACUCUUCAACUCUCCCCUCAAGCCGCUGGCGGACCUCGACCCCGUAGUGGUGACCUUCUGGUACAGGGCCCCCGAGCUUCUGCUGGGGGCCCGGCACUACACCAAGGCUAUCGAUAUUUGGGCAAUUGGCUGCAUCUUUGCGGAGCUGCUAACAUCCGAGCCCAUCUUUCACUGUCGCCAGGAAGACAUCAAAACCAGUAAUCCCUUCCAUCAUGACCAGCUGGACCGGAUAUUCAGCGUCAUGGGAUUCCCGGCAGAUAAGGACUGGGAAGACAUUCGGAAGAUGCCGGAGUACCCAACACUGCAGAAAGACUUCAGGAGGACAACGUAUGCAACCAGCAGCUUAAUCAAAUACAUGGAGAAGCAUAAAGUCAAACCAGAGAGCAAGGUUUUUCUGCUGCUCCAGAAACUCCUCACGAUGGACCCCACCAAAAGGAUUACAUCAGAGCAUUCACUGCAGGACCCGUACUUCCUGGAGGAGCCAUUACCAACCACCGAUGUGUUUGCUGGGUGUCAGAUACCGUACCCAAAACGAGAGUUCCUGAACGAAGACGAGCCCGAGGAGAAAACAGAAAAGGUCUCCCUGCAUGUUCGUUCCCAGAAUCAGACCCAGCCACAUCAGCAGACGACGGGUCAGACUCAGGCCCAGAACCAGCAGCAGACAGCCCCCCAGCAGGCUCCCUCCCUGCAGAACUUGGCCCAAACCAACGGCAAUGCAGGAGCAACGGGGGCCGCCACCGGCGGGGGUUUACAACACGGCCAGGACCAGGGGCCCCACAACAAGAAACCUCGGAUUGGGCCCUCUGGGGCCUCCUCAGGCACUGGGUUGCUACAGUCGGAGUACCAGCUCUCUGGCUCCCGCCUUGGUUACCAAAGCAGCAUCCAAGGUUCCACUCAGCCCCAAGGCACCAUGGGAUACUCGUCAUCGUCCCAGCAGAGCUCCCAUUACUCCCACCAGACCCACCGUUACUGAGGCGCCACGUCACUCCUGAACCAGGACUACCCUCCAGCCUUUCAUCAAAACCUCAGCAGCCGUCCCUGCGUCCCCCCCGUCAUUCAGCCCUCGCUCACUUUCGACCUCAUUUCCUGACGGCCUUCAACGACCCGGCAACAUCGGAGCCAAGACAAUCUAGCAUGACUUCCGGCUGGUGAUUAGAAUGUAAGACAGAUGUGAAGGUGUCUCACACUGACUCAGAACCACAGCACUUACAAACACACCGUUCCUUGCCAGGAUCAAAUCGCAUCUUUGUUUAUACAAGUGCAUUAUAUAGCUACUUUUUCUCAAUGUAAUUAUUUUUGGGGGUUUUACCCUUAUUUGCUUAGUUUACCUUAAUAGAAGUCAUUGGAAAUAUCGACACACGUAGAAGUGAUUGCACGGAAGGAAACGCAGGAGGAAAAGCCCUUUUUUUUUCAGAUUACACUAGAGAUGAGAAUCUCUCUCAUAAUCAAAAUGGGAGCUUAAGCUAACCCUGUACUUUUGAAGAAAAAAAACACAUGUUUCUACACAAAAACAAAAAAAAUCAGCACCUAAACUGAUGUAAUUUCAGGGAAAUAAUAAAUGCAAAAAUUUCACUUAAUCUUAUGAUAGGGUUUCUGUGGUUAGACCUCUCUUUACCUAGAUAUGGGGAAGUGAAAAAAGAGGGAGUCAGUUCUGUAUAUUCUGAUUCACUCCGCUACCUAGCUAAGAUUCGACAGAUCUCUGUUUCCCUUGACAACGGCAGCCUUUUUUCAAGGAUGUUGGACUCUUCUCGUUGGCGGCCAGCAGCUCCAGACUGUUUUUCUGGUUCGGGAGCUGCCAGUUCCACACUUUCAAGGUUGAUGAACACGAUUGUGCGCAUUUAAAUGUACAGGGCAGCUAUUAGUGUGGCCCCCACCACACACACACAUCAAACUAUAUGCCUGAUGUCCAAUUUUUUAAAGGUUUCAAUGUUAUCAUUGUUGCCCUGUGAGUGUGUGUGCAUGUGUGUGUGUACAGUAUGCUUUGUUAUGCAUGGUGGUUAUCCUUUGCGUUACUAGGAUGGCACUGACUGCUAGACGUUCCUGCAGAGAACUGUAAAAACUAAUUUGUGGAUGAGUUUCAUUCUGUUCCACUCCGACCCUGCAGCCAUUUGGCUGAGACUGGAGCUCAUUUGUAAAAUGUAUUUUUAAUAUAAUUUUUUUUUUGUGGCCACGCCCCAUUGCCCUCUACAGACCAGCCGCCGCUGGCUAGGAGUUAACUAAGCUUACAUGCAGCUGUAAGGUACAAUUUUGAAGGUGCAGGUGCUUAACUUUUCUCCUUUUCACUCUUUCAUGUAAUACUUAUUCUCCAUAACAUUUAUCUAAGAGAUGGAAGUACUAGUUACUAGUUCACAUGUAAAUUAUGAUGUAUUCAUCCCCACAAAUAGCGCCUCAUUUUGUUUUUGGAAUAAUCAAGUUUUAUUUGAUUAUAAUUUGAGUGCAGCCACCACUGAAGUCCUUGUCAGUUCUUUUUCUAUUUCAAAUGUUAGAUAAACAUUUGAAAUAGAAAAGUUAAAAUACUCUUUGUGCCAUAACAGUGUUUAGGACAUAGCAAUAGCCAGAAUUGUAUAUUAAAGAUUGAAGCUUUUGUGCUCUUAAAUUGAAUUGCCGAGAUUAUAUAAAGUACUUCAAAGUAGCUGCACCUCACAAGAGCAAAUCCAUUUUCGUAGUAAGACAUUUUUACUUUUAAUGCCUUAAGUAAAUUCAGCAGAAGAUACCAUAGUAGGAUUUAUUGCAAGCCUUUUACUCUUAAAGACUUAUUUUGUAUUGCUAUAUUGUUGUUUAAUCAAAGCAUCUGCAAACUGAAGUGAGACAAUCCUCCCUGCACAAGUAAAAGUGAGGUAGUUUUUGUAUUUUUUUAUCCCACGUCGAUCCUUUUUUGUUUCCCCAUAACUUGCUCCAUUCUCACUGGCCGUGCUCGGUCACAUGACCAGCCAUCAGGCAGAUUGUAUUGCAGAAUGCUCCCAUUGACUCGACUGUAACUGCGUGUUGGCAGUACAGAAGUGGAGCCAGCAGGGUUUGCAGGGGCCAGAUGUGUGGCCUGCAGUAGGAUAAGAACACAUUGACACCUUGUGGCUGAAACGAGAACUGGCCUUUGUAAGAAAUUAUCAAUAUUGUUUCCAGAAUAUUUCAUGCAUUGAUAUUAAGAUGCGUCUCUAAGUCUCCUCAGUGACUCCUCAGUGAUCCCUGCUGUCCCUUACUGGGUCCGUCUCUGCACCAGUCGGCUUACUACAGUCUCGCAGAAGUUCAGUUUUCAUGUCACAAAGACAAUGUCCGUGUAUUUGCAAAUAAGGUUGUGUAUGAGUCAUACUUUGGUCCAAUACACAUUAGAUCUGCUUUGGUCUCCAACUCCUUCAUGUAAAUAUCUGACUCUUUAGCAGCUUGAUUGCUCAUUAGAUUAAUUAGAUUCAGCUCGUCAAAGUGCCACAGAUGGUAAGUGACUCUACGCUUGUUACAUAGGGUCUUUUCAAAAUAUACUUCCACCAUGGGUGCUUGAUUUUCGUGUUUAAUGACGGCAUUAGGAUUUUUAAAAAGAGUGGGCUUUAAAUAUUAUUGUUGCGUAAUUGGUAUUGUGAAUGAGGUAUAAAAAGAUGCCGGUUUCACACAGGACAUGGAUUGCGUUCUCCUGGGUGAAAGUCCCGGGUUACUGGGCCUCAUCCACCUAACCCUUUCCACACGUUUUGACGCCAAGUGGGCACCGCCCCCGGGAUGGUAAUUGUGUUGUGAGGGAGGACGGGUUGGAUUGACAGCUAGUUUUCCUGCUGCUGGAUGCUGCUGGAUAAGAGCAAAGUUUUGUGUGGCUUGAAAACCUAAAUAGAUUUUGGGAGGAACCGAAGAGUCGAUCCUUCUCUGUGCAUUUCACACUGUGACAUCAGUGAUUUGAUCAAUUGUUAACACAUAAAUGACAAUACAUGCAGCUUUAAAACCAAACUCUAGGUUACAUGAUGUAGACAUAAAAUAUUUUGUCAGGGAGCUCUUCUAAAUUUGUGUCGCUUUAGUAGUACGCAAAUCCGUGGGGACGUGCUCUGCUUCCUUUUUUUUGGGGAGGAAUCCGAACCAGCAGUUAUUCAAAUGUUUUCUCCUCCCUUUCAUAUGUGUAUUGUAAAAUCAAACUGCUUAUCAGACAAUUUCUCUCUGGUGGUGUAUUAUGGUUAUAAGUAUUAUUGAGCAAUUGACAAAUUACUGUCAAACAACUCCUAUGCAAAAAAAAAGAAAUUCAAAUAAAAUCCCAGACUACAGCUUUCACUGAGGAUGCUUCAGUUUCUGCAGUUCUCAGCUUCUAGUAGAUGUUGAUGGGUGUAUUGUGUAGAACUUGAAUUCAAAAGUACGAAACAGCGCUCCUCUUAUCUCAUCCUUUUCCACUGAGGUCAAAAAUGUACUCUAAAUGAAACUAUUGUAAAGAAAUGCAUAUACUGUAUACAUGUAUAUGGAUACUAUAUGAUCAUAUUUAUUAUUUACAUGCGUUGAUGGAUAAUGCACAUGUUUUCUUAACUGUCCUCUGCCUUAACUAUAGUAGCUGUAGAACAGGGACAUCUGUUAGACAAAACCGGUGUCACUACACAUUAUUUCUUGUUCUUUCCUCUCUAAACGUGCUGACUAUUUACUAAAUGUGGCUCUGCGUUCGAUAGAAUGAAGACGAUGCCGCUUGCGCAUAUGUGUCUCCUUGCUUUGUUCUUUUUACAGGAAUGAUAAUGAUGUACGCCUUUAUUCGUGUGGAUGGUGCCUUGUUUGGCGUUGGAGAUUUUUUUUAAAAAUCGUAUGUAUUUUCACACCCUUCCCCUGUCGAUGUUAUGUCUUCUUCUCUCCUCAUUACUAUGUAGUAUAUUGUACUCUACGUAAUGUGGAACACUAGCAGCGAAAUAACCGUGUGUUAUUCCAGUCUCAAUCCCUAAAGACAACUUUCUUUCUUUUCUCUUGUCCUUCCACAUUAUUGACGCGCAAGUAUGUUUUGAAAAGCUGUUAAGACAACGCAUUUUAGAGAUUUUCUCAUUGGGAUACGAUAAUUGUCUUUUUAAUGCACUGUUAUUGUUAAGCUUUGAAGUGGUAAAUAAAAAUAAUAAUUUAA